AUGUCCGCAAAUUCUUGGCCCGGGGCCGACGGCGCCUCCCAACAGUCUGGGCAGCUGUCGCAGAAGGAUAUCGUCCUCGACCGACAGAUGAUCAAGCACCUUCUCGGCCGAUAUGGACCAGACGAAUUGAGUCGCCUUAUCCAGGAGACUACAGGUCCUCAGUCGGACGGUGCAUCCAUUGUGUCGUCGGCGCAGUCAUCCAUCUUGUCGGAUGACCCGUCGAGCGUUUGGGACACCCAGAGCGUCAGAACCUUUUCGUCCGACGCAUCCUCCAUCACCGGCAGCAUCAUUUCCAACGUUUCUCGGGGCACUUCCAAAAUCUUGGGCAGACGGAGUCAGAGCAGUAGUGCUACGGCUGCGGCCCAGGCCCAGGCAGCUGCCCAGACCCAACAUGAAGAAUCGUGGAACGAUGUGCCCACAUCAUCCGACACAGCACCCGACGCUGCCUCGAGCACGACGAGCGCAUCGAAACAGAAGGGGGCUUUCAUGUGCGGCUUCUGCAAGGAGGAGGACAUCACCAAGACGUGCACGCGAAAAAACGACUUGAAGCGUCACAUCGAGGACUUUCACAACGUCAACGCCCAAUGGUUCUGCCGGCACCGUGGUUGUCAAAUGGUUUUCGACUGGCAAGGCGCAUACAAGACGCACUUGAAGCAGGCCCACGGGGGUUCCAGAAUGUCUUUGGACGAGGCCAAAGUCAAUCUUUGCCCGCAGGUGGUUUUUGCAUGCGGCUUCGACAACUGCCUGCAAGUUUUCGAGGCGCAAGGCGAUUCCGACGCCGGCUCUACGUUCAAGGAGUACGUGAGCCACGUGGUGAAGCACUUUGACGAAGGGUCCAACAGCGGCGAGUGGUCGUACUCGGCAAGGAUACGCAACCUGUUGCGGCAGAGCCAGGUGCAGGCUGCUUGGAACGAAUCAAUGUGGAACGAGGCGUCGCGGACCACUCUGCAAUGGAGCCCCCAAACCUCUGGAAUCCUGAGGAAAAGACUGGAAUGCCGACACAUUGGCGAUGCCAAACUACUUGUGCAGUACGCUCUCAUGCUCGGCUCCGACUCUGGUGCCAUCAAGUUCCGCGAGGAUUUCAUCACGCCCGUUGCCGACACGUGCACCCUGCACAUGCCUGGCCACAAGUCGCGACAACAGAGUGUCGCACCGCCAGAGCCGGCCGACCCUUUCUCUUUCAAGAUAUCGCGCGGUGCAAACCCGGCCCUCGCCGCCUACAUGGCAUCUCAGCGGAGAGUCUACGUGCCAAGACAACAGCGAGUGGUGAGACCACCCCAACUACACCAUCCGCACCAGCAAGUGCCGUCAUCGAAUCCGAUGGCCAGCCAUUCCCGGCUGUCCCACUCUUCCCACUCAAGCCAUCACGGCCAUCAGCAGACCCAUCCGAACGGCCAGAACCACAGUACCCUCGGGCAUUUCUUCCAAACCCCCAUGGAUUCAUCAAUGUACGACCCGAGCAGCAACGCCCAGGCUUUCGGAUCCAGUAGCGGUGCAUUGCAUCAUAACGGCAUUAUUGCAGACGACAUGCAGAGCUUGAGGGGCAUGGCAGCAGGCACACCUGAAUCUUCGGAUGUGGAAAUGCAGGAUCCGGGCAUGAUGGCGGAUUUCUCUUCGCAGUACGCGCCGCACGCAGCCAACCUGGCGAGUCCAGCAAUCUCGGGCCACACGGACGGAUUCUUCCCCCCUGGGCAAGCCUAUUAG